AUGGAGUUUCACCCGUUUUACGUGAAGUGGGGUUAUACUGUGAAAAACGCGAUAUUCGUGGUGAUAUGCAGUGGUCGUAAGACUCUCGUUGUGUUAAACGAGGUUGUCCCCGAAUUCCACCUGCGGCCAUAUGCCCGCAUGGAGCUCUUCCCCCGUGAUCCCGAAAGGGCUGCGGAGGUCAAUGCCUUGGUUCUACCGCCGCAAACUGAUCCCAUCCCGGCGGUCACCUACUCUGAACUCAGAGAGGCAGCCAAUGGUUUACGGAGAAGCGCGGCCCCUGGAAAGGAUGAUGUGACCAAUGGCGUCAUUCUCGAUACUCUCGAGGUGCUGAAGGACAACUGGUGUACCCAGUUCACUGAAGCCCUUGAGACUGGUAUAUAUCCCGAUGGAUGGAAGUCGUCCAAAGGGAUCUUCAUUCAUAAGGCCGGCAGAGACCCCACCAAGCCUAACGGCUGGAGGCCAAUCUGCCUGGUCGGUUCAGGUAGCAAGCUGUUCGAACGUCUCAUAGUAGAACGGCUUGCAUCUUGCCCGCAGAUCCAGAAGCGAUUGGACUCUCCGAUUGUCCAUGGAUUCUGCAAGGGCAAAUCGGUUGACUCUGCUGUCAUGCGCGUAGUCGAAGCGUUCAGGGCUGGCAGAAAAAGGA